GGAUCUUUUUAUAGAGAAUAAAUAAAUUACAUCUGUUCUACCCCUCAGCCUGUAUCCUUUGUCAUCUCAAUUUCUCCGAAAACGGGUACAAAAGUCCCAAGAGAUGGCCGCACCGUUCUACGGACCGGUUGAGGUUGAUCUAGCCGCAACAGACAACGAUUCCGCCUACGGUGAAGAACUAUCCUCCUAUACCGAAUCACUGAGGUCAACUGUUCUGAGUUAUCGCCAAGAAAAUGGAAGAUUAUAUCAAGGAUACGGUGAUGGCACUUAUCUGAUGCCCAUUGACGAGCCCGAACUGUGCCGAUUGGAUCUAAUGCAUGAAAUGAUGCUGGAACUUAUGGGCAGGAGACUAUACCACGCUCCCAUCGGUGAAACACCGCGGGAUAUCCUGGAUCUUGGCACGGGAACUGGUAUCUGGGCGAUUGAUAUCGCCGAUAAAUUUCCCUCUGCUGUGGUUACCGGGGUCGAUCUUAGUCCAUCGCAGCCGGCCUUCGUCCCACCAAAUCUCCGUUUCAUCGUGGAGGAUAUAGAAGACGAGUGGGAACACAGUCGUCUCUUCGAUUUUAUCCACGCACGCUACCUCGCGUUGUCUAUCAAGGACUUCCCUGCACUUAUACACCGAUGCUAUAACCACACUGCGCCGGGAGGAUGGGUCGAGUUUCACGAUUGGUCUUUCAACCAGAUCUCUCAAGACGGGAGCACGAACGGUACUGCACUGGAGCAGUACUACAGAGUCACAACUGAGGCCUAUGCAAAGGCUGGAUAUACCGUCAGUCCAGGGCCGCAAUUAGAGCAAUGGUUUUACCAGGCUGGUUUCCAAGAUAUCCAUGUCCAGAAAUAUGUAAUCCCCAUGGGCACAUGGCCAAAGAAUGAGCACUUGAAGAGCAUAGGUGCUUGGAACGCCUUUCAAGCACAAUCAGGAUUUGAGGCCGCUGCUAUAGCAGUUAUGACUCGGUUCGAAUCAUGGGGUCCCGCCCAGGUGAAGGACCUCGUCCAGAGGACUUUGGACGAUGUGCGGAAUCGGUCCAUCCAUGCGAUCUUCGACUUUUACGUAGUCUGGGGCCGGAAACCGUGAUGAAAAUGUCUCGAGCAGAUGGAUCAUAUGAGCGUCAGAUGUUUUAUGCAAAGACGGACCACAAGGGAGUUUGUUGAAUUGGAGGAUACCCAUUUCGAUCGUGAGUUAGUGGUUUAAAUAGUUCUU